AUGGCAUACCAGCAACAGCACUACGACCAAUACCCGCAGCAGCGACAACAGCAGCAGCACGGCCAGGGACGCCCACGACAGGCCCAGCAGCAGUAUCAGCAACACGGCGGGUACGACAACCAGUAUGACCAGCAAUACGACCAGCAAUACUACGACUACGGCCAUGGCCAGGGCAACUACGACGAGUGGAACGACGGCUACUAUGACCAGCAGGGCAGAUGGGUGCAGGCACAGCAGUACGCCGGCUAUGACGGCAUGAAUGGAUACGCGCAACAAGAACCGCAAGCACGAGGACAACGGCCCCCGCCCCAGCAACACCGCCAACAUGCGCAAGAGCAGGCCUACGACAACUCGUACCAGCAACGCCCCGCGCAGCGACAGGAGCCUCGCCCAGACCCGAGGAGCCAGCCGUCAGGGCGCGGCAAUGGAGCUCCCCCAGGCCAGCAGCAGCCACGGGGAGGGCUGAGACCGGCAGGUGAGUUGCCUCAGGCUGGAGAUAGCUUCGACCGCUCCUUGUUCAAGCCCGUGGUCCCCAAGGCCCAGCCCCUAGACAACCCAUUUCCAACGUUUCCGGCGAAGAAGCCGCCCCAGGCAGCUCCAAAGGAGAAUCUGGACCAGGCCAUGUCGCAGAUGAAGAUCAAGGACACGAGGAACGGGCAGGAGAGGAUGCAGGCGUCUCCACCCAGGUCACAGCCUGGGCCCCAUCAGCAGAGAGGCCCGCAGCAGCCAAUGCCGGCGCCCACCAACAGACAAGACUCGGGCCAUUUCGAGAGUCAGGGAUACAACAACCAGCGACCUCCGCCAAACCGCGCACCGCCCAGCCAGCGACAACCCCCAAUGAAUAUGGAGGGCGGCCGAGCACCGCCUCCCCGACGCCCCUCUGACCCGAAAUCACCUUCGCAGCGAGCAUUCGUCCCAAAUAUGCAGAGGUCUGCGACCAUGCCGCACAACACGCCUGCUGGAGCGCAGGGCAGGGCCUAUGAUAAUCGCGAACAAUGGGCCGAGCCUGGCGCGUCUCCGGGAUACUAUGAUGCGCCUCCCAGGCCUUCCACGGCUGGCGGCACACGUCAAAAUGGGCCAUCAGGGCAGCCACAACAAAGACCGCCAAUGCCACAGAUGGCACCACCUCAGCAGCAGCAAGCUCCGCCUCAUGGGGAGAUUGACGACUUCUACGACGACUACUAUGGCGAAAGUACCGAGCGCAAGAGUAUGGCAUCAGCGAUAGACAUGCCCAACUUCGACGCAAUACCGGAGACCAAUACCAAGCACCGGAGAGGCGACUCGAUAGACAACCAUCUGGCGUCAAAUGCCCAACCUCAGCACUUCCAGCAGCAAGCCCUACGAAGCCGAUCCCAGGGUGAUCUGCAUGGGCAAUAUGCCAACGGCGCCCAUGGGAUGCAAGGCGAUGCUCCUCCAGUACCGAUGCUACCACGGGCAAACACUGGUUUUGACGGCCAUGGCGGUCUGCCAAAUGGUCCACGUGGACGCGGACCACCAACUCGGGGCAUGACUACCGAUGACAUGCAACGACGACCAGAUCAGCACUAUGGCCAAAAUCAGCCGCCCAACUUUGAUUCCCGGUAUGCUCAACAACCGCCUGCAGUCCAGAGGGGCUACUCAGACGACUCUGCCCGUUCUGCACCCGCAAUGAACGGCAUGAGAAACGCGCCUUCGCCAAUGGCUCCUGGCAAUCCCAUCCAAAGACCUGGUACAGCAGCACCUGCGCCUGGACCUCCAGUGCGUCUUGGCCUAAUGCAGCAAAAUGGACAGCAGCCACCACCACAAUCACAAGGCCAACCGCAGAACGCAAGGCCACCGCCAGUGCGACAGUACAACAGCGAGACCUCACGCGCCAGCUAUGAAAGCCAGCAGUCAGAGGUAAAGAGGCAAAGCGUGCCAGCGCACCCUGUGACUCACGAUGAGUUGAACCGCCUCCGAAACACUCUGCGGGCUAAUCCUGGCGACCACGCCACUGGACUGUUGCUUGCGAAGAGGCUUGUAGAGGCAGCUAAUGUACUCGCCGAUGAGGGUGGAACGGCCGACACGCGGACUAAGAACAAGAAUCGUGAAAAGUACAUCAUGGAAGCUCACAAGACUCUGAAGAAGCUGGUCGCGAGCAACUAUCCGGAUGCCAUGUUCUACUUCGCGGACUGCUAUGGCCAGGGACUGCUUGGUCUGCAAGUGGACACCAAGGAGGCGUUCAGCUUGUAUCAAUCCGCCGCGAAGGGUGGUCAUGCUGCGAGUGCAUACCGAACAGCCGUUUGUUGCGAGAUGGGACAUGAGGAAGGCGGUGGUACUAAGAGAGAUCCACUCAAGGCGGUGCAAUGGUAUCGACGUGCGGCAGCACUUGGCGACACACCUGCAUUGUACAAGAUGGGCAUGAUUCUUCUCAAGGGAUUACUCGGGCAGCAAAAGAACUUUGGCGAGGCCAUCAACAUGCUCAAGCGUGCUGCCGAGCGCGCAGAUAAAGACAACCCUCACGCCCUGCACGAGCUGGGUCUCAUCUACGAAGCAUCCACUGGAAACCAGCGGAUCAUCCAGGAUGAAGCAUACGCCCUUCAACUCUUCCACCAAGCCGCGGACCUAAACUACAAGUUCUCGCAGUUCCGACUAGGCCAAGCUUACGAAUACGGCUUGCUAGGCUGCGCAAUUGAUGCACGGACCAGUAUCGCAUGGUACACCCGAGCAGCCGCCCAAGAAGAGCAUCAAUCUGAGCUCGCACUUUCAGGAUGGUACUUGACAGGCACCUCCGGCAUUCUCGAACAGAGCGACACCGAAGCCUAUCUUUGGGCCCGUAAAGCCGCAUGCGCGGAACCACCGUUACCAAAAGCGCUGUUCGCAAUGGGAUACUUCACUGAAGUGGGAAUAGGAUGCCCGCGGAGUUUGGAGGAGGCGAAGAGGUGGUAUGGAAGAGCUGCUUCAUACAAAUUCCCCAAGGCGCAAGAGCGUCUCGAAGAGCUGAAGCGCGGCGGUUCGAAAGUGCAGAUGAAGCGCGAACGUCUUAGUCGGACGAACCAGAAGCAGCAGGAGGAGAAUUGCACGGUCAUGUAG